AUGGCCUCCAUGGAUUCAUCGCUGCUAGCAUCGGCGUGCUCCGGCUGUUGGCAACAGCUCGAAAUAAUUCUGGGCCCGUCGCCUCAACUACUGGAGGGGCUCACCGCCCUUGAAGGGGACAGCGCGCUCCAUGUGGUGGCCGCCUUCGGUGACGACGCCGACGCCGAUGACAACUUCAGGAAGAGUGCAGACGUCGUCUACGGCAAGGCCAAGCGCCUCCUAUUUGUGCAGAACAAAAAGGGAGACACGCCCCUGCACUGCGCCGCGCGGGCAGGGAGCUCCCGAAUGGUCGCUCUUCUCACAGAUUUUGCCAAAGCUGAGCACAGAGCCAAGGAACUGCUGGAAACGGAAAACAAGCUUGGUGAGACAGCUCUGCAUGAGGCCGUCCGCAUCGGGAGCAAUGUUAUAGUAAAUCUGCUGAUGGAGGAGGACCAGGAAUUGGCCAGCCUCCCCAGAGACGGCGUUUCACCUCUGUACCUAGCCAUCUUGUCUGAAGAUACGGUCAUUGCAGAGACACUGCACGCAAAGAGCGCCACCGGGAUGCUUUCCUACUCCGGUCCCAAUGGUCAAAACGCACUGCAUGCUGGAGUUCUCCGAGGUGAAGUUUGGCAUUCCUAA